AUGUCUACUCACGACCCCCCUAAAAGGCUCCUGACGCUGCAAGAGGGUAAUCUCUGGCAUCUUGGCAACACCGGACGUCACCUCUCGAGGACGGCACAGCCGUUCUUGACGUGCCUUUUCGGACACGAUGCGUCAGGUACGGCGUGUGGGCAGCAACCAGUCCCGCCGUGUUCAUGCAGACAAGAUCAUGGCCAUGUCACACGGCGGAAGCCGGCGUGGUCGCGUGUCACAUGGACGAACGGUACGCCUCCGAGUAGGGAAAGCCCCCAAAGAACCUCGCCACUCUCAGACGACGACGCUUUGGGGGAGCACGCCAGUCUCGGCCGGACCCGAGAACAAAGAAAACAAGGUCCGUAUAGAAAAAGAAGAAAAAACAAUAAUAAAAUAAAAAGGAGCCAGGGUGUAAAAUUCUGCGCGUACAACUGA